GAAAGGAAGAGAGAAAUGUUGACCUAACUACAUAACUCCAAAAAGCAUCACUUGUUUAUACUGUAGACCAUCAGAACAUCUAAGGAAGAAAUGUCCCAAAUCCUGAGUCUGUUUACACCACAGCUGCUGUUUGGUGUUUUUUGGCCAAGUAUCCUUCAGAUCACUUCAGCUGAUCAGGUAUCUGUCCAUCCUGGAGAGAACAUCACCCUGCCUUGUAACAUAUCUAUUACAACUAAUUAUACUCAGAUACUGUGGUAUCGACUGGGAUCUGAGGAGGUGAAGCUGCUGAUAUCUGCUGAACAGGGGAGGCUGAUUAAAAAGUUUUUUCCUACUUAUAAUGUGAACGAGAGUCAAUUUGGUAUAACAGAAACUUGCAGUUUAGUGAUUUUUGACGUUAGACAGACAGACCUGGGAUUUCAUUACUGUGAAGGUCGAAAGGAUAAGACACACAUUCAGUUUGGGAAACUCAUCAGAGUUACAGAAGACCAUGACACCUCGUCUAAGCCUCCAGAUAAUGAGCCGUGUACAAGAUCAGAGAUGUGGAUUACACGGACUGUGUGUCUGAUCUCUGCCCUAAUAAACCUCAUCUGCAUGUGUGUGUUCUGUUACAGGUUCAAAGGAAGGUCAACAUCAUCAUCAUCAUCAUCAUCAUCAUCAUACUGUUGCAGUAACAGAAAAGGUUCCACUGAAAAAGUGGAUAAGCAGGAAGAAAAUGUUCAUUAUGCCAGCAUCCAACACAAAAGAAAGCACAGAGCAGCUGCUAAGAAAAAGACAUCAUCAGAUUGGGAAAAUGUAACGUACGCAACAGUUACCUUACAGGCUCGGAGACACUGACCUGCAAAAAGUGUUCAAAUUUAUUACAUCAUCAUAAAAAUAAUUGUUCUGCUCUGUUCAUUUGUUUUGUAUAAAGAAGUUAACAAUAACUACUGUAAAAUAAAUACUUAUUCUAUUUUAAAUUACUGCAUAAAUGUUACAAGGAUCAGCUGGUGAUUUACAUGAAUAAAUACAACUAUUAAGUUUAAUGUUGCAUAAGAAAAUAGUCUGUCUUUGUUACAAAUGGGAAAACUUCUCCCUUUACAAACCUCUAGAAUACUCCAAAUGUAAAUUAAUAAUCAUGUACUGCCCAGCGUGAUGCUAAUGUUAAGUGCUU